GCAAAAGGGUGUUGUAAUGACGAUGAGUCUGAUUGUAGUUGUGGUGCCGAUCUGAUGUAGAAGAAGCAUGCUUAAAACUUGUGGAACAAAAGCAAAGAAGAGGUGGUGAUUGUGCAGGAGACAACAAUCUGGCAAUAACCAAAAAUGGACCUGGUCUCAACGACAGCCAACAAAUCAGACGACACUAUAGUCUGCUAUGCACCAACCAUGAUAACCACCAAUGGCGUAUGGCAAGGAGACAACCCUCUAGAUUUCUCUCUCCCUCUCUUCAUUUUGCAAUUAACUUUGGUUGUAAUUGUCACCCGCAUUCUGGUUUUCACCCUCAAACCCUUUCGCCAGCCGCGAGUCAUUUCAGAGAUUCUUGGGGGUAUAGUUCUAGGUCCAUCUGUGCUUGGAAGAAACCAGGGAUUUGCCAAUAAAAUCUUCCCCCUCAGGAGCGUAAUGGUGCUGGAGACAAUGGCAAAUGUGGGUCUUCUUUACUUCCUCUUCUUGGUCGGAGUAGAGAUGGAUAUUUCGGUGAUUCGUCGGACUGGAAAGAAGGCAUUGGCUAUUGCUGUUGUGGGCAUGAUCUUACCCUUCGUCGUUGGCGCCUGUUUCUCCUUCCUUCUGCCUUCAAAAAUGCAUGUAACCACGCAGGGAACUUUCAUUCUUUUCCUUGGCAUUGCUCUCUCUGUCACUGCAUUCCCUGUGCUAGCUCGAAUCCUUGCUGAGCUCAAACUCAUCAACACAGAAAUAGGCAGGCUCGCCUUGUCUUCUGCUCUUGUUAAUGAUAUGUGUGCUUGGAUUCUAUUAGCUUUGGCCGUUGCCUUAGCAGAAAAUGAUACUUCUUCCUUAGCUUCACUUUGGGUGAUUCUCUCCAGUACAGCUUUCGUCUUCUUCUGCAUUUUUGUUGUCAGACCAGGGAUUUCAUGGAUGAUUCGAAGAACCCCAGAAGGAGAAUCCUUUAGCGAGUUCCAUAUAUGCUUGAUUCUAACUGGAGUUAUGAUCUGUGGCUUCAUUACAGAUGCCAUCGGAACACAUUCUGUUUUUGGAGCUUUUGUCUUCGGCCUGAUUAUUCCUAACGGACCGCUUGGAGUUACUCUUAUAGAAAAACUUGAGGACUUCGUAUCAGGGCUUCUGCUUCCUCUCUUCUUUGCCAUUAGUGGGCUCAAGACUGACAUUAGUUAUAUUCGCGGAGGCAGCACCUGGGGGAUCAUGAUAGUUGUAAUCGUCCUCGCGUUUGCUGGAAAGGUAGCCGGAACUCUGCUUGUUGCUGCAGUCUUUUACCAAAUGCCAGUUCGUGAAGGAUUCACUCUUGGAUUGCUCAUGAACACCAAAGGCCUAGUUGAAAUGAUUGUGCUCAAUGUUGCCAGGGACCAGAAGGUCUUGGACGAGCAAUCAUUUGCGAUGAUGGUGAUUGUGGCUAUUGUUAUGACUGCUAUCAUCACACCUAUUGUGAUAUCAAUAUAUAGACCAGGAAGAAGAUUUAUACCAUACAAACGGCGAACAAUUCAGAGAUCAAAACCUGAUGGAGAGUUGCGAGUGCUAACGUGCAUCCACACACCGCGAAAUGUCCCUACAAUUAUUGACCUUCUUGAAGCCUCUCAUCCCACCAAGAAAUCUCCAAUAUGCGUCUACGUGCUCCAUCUGGUCGAACUUACUGGGCGUGCAUCAGCCAUGCUCAUUGUCCACAAUACCCGAAAGUCUGGUCGACCUGCACUGAACAGAACACAAGCUCAAUCCGACCACAUAAUCAAUGCCUUUGAGAAUUUUGAGCAGCAUGUAGGAUGCGUCUCUGUUCAACCCCUCACAGCCAUCUCUCCAUACUCAUCCAUGCAUGAAGAUAUAUGCAACUUGGCAGAAGACAAGCGUGUUGCCCUCAUAAUCAUUCCCUUCCAUAAGCAACAGACAAUUGACGGAGGGAUGGAAGCUACAAACCCUGCACUUCGAUUGUUAAACCAGAAUGUACUAGCAAAUUCACCCUGUUCUGUUGGAAUUCUUGUAGACAAAGGCCUGAGUGGAUCAACCCGCUUGGCAGCCAAUCAAGUAUCUCAUCACAUUGCCGUAUUAUUCUUUGGUGGACCAGACGAUAGGGAAGCACUUGCAUAUGCAUGGAGAAUGUCUGAACAUCCAGGGAUUACACUUGCUGUUCUGCGGUUCAUCCCUGGUGAAGAAGCAGCUGAGCCUGUGCAGCAUAUUAGUAAUCUAAAAGACCCAACAAACCUAUCAGGAGAAUCUGUCGAUGCAAGGGAGAAAAAGCUAGAUGAGGAGAUUUUGAAGGAGUUUAGAGUUAAGAAUGCAGAAGAUGAAUCAAUUAUCUACAUUGAAAAGGUGGUGAAUAAUGGGGAGGAAACGGUGGCUGCGGUAAGGACCAUAGAUAGUGCCCAUGACUUGUUCAUAGUUGGUAGAGGACAAGGGAUGAUAUCCCCCCUCACAGCCGGGCUAACAGAUUGGAGCGAGUGCCAAGAGCUUGGUGCAAUUGGAGAUUUGCUAGCAUCAUCGGACUUUGCAUCAACAGUUUCUGUGUUGGUGGUGCAACAAUAUUUGGGAAUAGGAUCACAUGAAGGAAGUGGAGCAUCAGACAGCCCAACAGCUCUACCAGAUGAGGAUUACAACAGCAUAGAGCUAAUCAACAGGCGACCAACUCCACCAAGAGGGCAACCUGUGUUCAACCAGUAACACUAUAAACUAAAUCUACUCAU